AUGGGGUUGAUACAGAGCCAUCAUCAGACUGGAACAAAGAUCACAUUUUAUGAGGAGAAGAAUUUCCAGGGCCGCUGUUACAACUGCAGCAGCGACUGUGCCGACCUGCACACGUACUUCACCCGCUGCAACUCCAUCAGGGUGGAGAGCGGUGUGUGGGUGAUCUAUGAGAGACCCAACUACAAGGGUUUCCAGUACAUCCUCAGCCCUGGGGAGUACGCGGACAACCAGCAGUGGAUGGCCUUCAGCGAGAACGUCAAAUCCUGCCGCACCAUAAAGAAUGCUUAUGGCACCACGUGGAAGCUGAGGCUGUACGAGAGGCCAGACUUUGGCGGGCAAAUGGUGGAGUGCUCCGAUGACUGUCCUUCAGUGUAUGACACCUACAAGAUGCGCGAGGCGUACUCCUGCGUGGUGACCGAUGGCGCUUGGGUGUUCUACGACCUCCCCAACUACAAGGGGCACCAGUACCUCCUAGAGCGAGGCGAGUACCGCCAGCACAGCGACUGGGGGGCAACCUCGCCCGGUGUGGGCUCCUUCCGCAGGAUCACGGAGUUUUAA